AUGAGUUCCGCGGAUAAAGAAAAGAAAGGAUGGUUCUCCUCGUUGACACGACGGAAAAAAUCACAAUCACAGAAUUCGAUAAAUCUGAGUGCCACUACAUCGACUUUUUACGAUGAAAAAAGCAAUAACAACAAUAAUACCAUUGGAGGCACUGUCGAGGAAAAUGCAUCUUGUGUCAAUUUGGGCAGCAGCGGUAGUACAGGUGGGCGAAAACGCAAAGAGGAGAAAAAUGCAUUUCAACGUUUUCGCAAGAAAAUGGGUCUGCGCUUCUCGUUGCGUCGACGUAAAUCGUUACAGGAUGGCGAUGGAGCAACGACAGAUGCUUCAUCGGAAUUUACAACAACCUCGCCAAUACACGAACCAUUGCAAUUCAAUUUUCAGCGAAAUUUAACAGCCGCCGAGGAUGCCGAUCUGAGCACACCGUUUUCAAAUGAUUUCAAGCGAUUUAUCAAAAAGAAAUGGUUGGAACGUGAAGAUGGUCCAAAUUGGAUAAUGUACGGAGCUAGUUGUGAAAUGUUAAAUCAAGUCUGGUAUUGGGGUGAAAUUUCCCGACGUGAUGCCCAAAAACAACUUACGGACAAACCAACUGGAUCGUUCCUAGUACGUGACUCUGAGACAAGUGGUUGUCAAUUUACCCUAUCAUUUCGCAUUAUAAAUGUCACGCUCCACUAUCGGCUGGAGUAUCGCAAUGACUAUUGGCAUUUCGAGGAGCUGCAAUACGAAUCGAUUGUCGAGAUGAUCGAAGAUAUUCUAUAUCGCUGUACAAAUGAUAAUUUUGUAUGUUUUGUUAAGGUUCCAAAUGAAAUGCAACCACCGUUUCCAGUUAUAUUAAAAUAUCCACUAAGUCGUUAUUUAAAUAUGCCGACACUGCAAGAUCUGUGCCGUCGUGUUAUACAGCGUACAACCAAAUACGAGGACAUUGCCAAAUUGUCUAUACCACCUAGUUUACAAGAAUAUUUAGCCGAGAAAAGAGAAUUAGUAUUUUAG